CCAUAAAAGCACAGACAGAGUUGCAGUCCUCGCUCCAUUUCAUUUCAUCGCUGCCGUUCCUCUCGAACUCUACUUCUUCCCCAAAAUCAUCGACUGUAUACGCCAUCGUCUUUUACCUGCAACAUGGCUCUCAAUUCUUUCAUCGAAGUUCAUCCGGAUUCUCACUUCCCCAUUCAAAACCUUCCCUACGGAGUAUUCAAGUCUGGACCUGGUUCCGUUCAGCGACCUGGUGUGGCUAUUGGCGAGUACGUGUUGGACCUCUCUGUAAUCGCCUCCGCUGGCCUCUUCGAAGGGCCUCUCCUCAAGAAUUCUGACUGUUUCCUUCAGCCUAAUCUAAACAAGUUUCUGUCUCUGGGACGGCCUGCAUGGAAGGAAGCUCGUGCGACGCUUCAAAAACUAUUAUCGUCUACUGAACCAGCCUUGCGUGACAAUGAAGCUUUAAGGUCAAGGUCACUUAUUCCACUGAGUAGUGCAGAGAUGGUUCUUCCUGUGGCAAUUCAGGACUACACGGACUUCUUUUCUUCUAUGCAUCAUGCAAAAAAUUGCGGAGCUAUAUUUCGCGGUUCUCAAAACCCAAUGCUUCCCAACUGGUUCCACAUUCCAAUUGCAUAUCAUGGACGUGCAUCAUCCAUUGUCAUCUCAGGAACAGACAUUGUUCGACCUCGAGGCCAGAGCACCCCGGUCGAAACCUCUACACCAAAUUUUGGUCCUUCUGCUAAGUUGGACUUCGAGCUGGAAAUGGCUGCUGUUGUUGGUACAGGAAAUAAAUUGGGAAAGCCUGUGGAUAUAAAUGAAGCAGAAAAUCAUAUUUUUGGCCUGGUUCUGAUGAAUGAUUGGAGUGCUAGAGACAUUCAGGCAUGGGAAUAUGUUCCUCUAGGGCCCUUUCUUGGGAAGAGUUUUGGUACUACUAUAUCCCCUUGGAUUGUUACACUAGAAGCCCUAGAGCCUUUCAUAUGUGAGGCUCCCAAGCAGGAUCCACCUCCAUUGCCAUAUCUAGCUGAAAAGACAUCCAAGAACUAUGACAUCCCACUGGAGGUUCAAAUUCGACCUGCUGGCCAACAAGAUACACAUGUGGUGACAAGAAGCAAUUUUAAGCAUUUGUAUUGGACGCUGGCUCAACAGCUUGCACACCAUACUAGUAAUGGCUGCAACUUGCAGCCAGGUGAUCUCAUGGGCAGUGGCACCAUAAGUGGACCUGAACAAGAUUCUCUAGGCUGCUUGUUGGAGUUAACAUGGAAUGGGCAAAAGCCAUUGGAGUUAUUAAAUGGGAUAUCUCGUAAAUUUCUGGAAGAUGGAGAUGAAGUCAUCUUCACUGGUCAAUGCAAGGGAAAUGGUUACACUGUUGGAUUUGGGACAUGCACUGGAAAGAUUGUUCCUUCGCCUCCCUUGGAAGAUUGAUGGAGCCGUAGAGUUGGUAACUAUCAUUACCAUCUUAAAACUGAGUAGAUGUUUUUCUGUUGUAAUAAAACCUGUGUAAGCUGUAGCAUGCGGUAAACAACCUGGACUCAUAUGAUCUAGAAAUCAAGUGCGUUGAAUGAAAUAUCUUACUUUUGCCA